CGGCCCUGACGCAACGCGGGGAAAAAACGUCCCCUCCGAAAGGAGCGAACCGAGCGGCGCCGAGGAUUCACCGGGGCUGGGGAGGCGAGGCGGGAGCGCCGAGCUGGGGCCGGGCCGGAGCCGGGCAGCGGGGACCCGCGCAGGAGGAGGCGGCGGGGACCCCGAAGAGUCCCCAGCAGGGCCCCUGGGCGCCCCGAAGGAUCUCCAGCCGCCUGCCCUUCCUGAGAGGAGGGAGCUCCGGGCCUUCUUCCCACGUCUGGUCUUUGGGCGCCUUCAGGACGGAUAGACCUUGGCACGGGCUGCCUGAGAUUCCUGCGACGCCUGUCUGUUCCUGCCUUCUGCAGAGCAUGGCACCCACAGGAUUCCAGGACGGAUCAUAGACCGGAGCCUCCGGGAGGGCGCCCUGCACAGCUCACUGUGCGGUUCCUCUCCGCUCACCAGCCACCAGCCUCCAAGGCCAGCUCCCAUCCCGGAAAUGCCCUCGGGCACCUGGAUGAGGCCAUCCCAGAGCCGGACCCAACUCUGCCACCCACCAAGCCUCCCCCUCAGCCCCCCACCCCCUCCCAUGUCUGGCUCCCAGGACAGACUGUAGAAUGUCUGUGCCCCAGAUCCACGUGGAAGAAGUGGGUGCAGAGAAGGAGGCAGGAGCCGCACCGCCCGAUGACCACCUCCGGAGCCUGAAGGCCCUCACUGAGAAACUCAGGCUGGAGACCCGGAGACCUUCGUACUUGGAGUGGCAGGCCCGGCUGGAGGAGCAGACCUGGCCCUUCCCAAGGGUGGCUGCAGCUGCAGAGCCACAGGCGAGCGUAGAGGAGGGGGAGCGUGGAGGGCAGGAGCCCUUGCUCCCCCUGAGAGAGCCCGAGCAGCACCCUCCUCCUGCCAGGAGUGCCAGCCGGGGCACCAGACCCCUGUCCACUGGCAAGCUGGAAGGCUUUCAGAGCAUAGAUGAAGCUAUAGCCUGGCUCAGGAAGGAACUGACAGAGAUGCGGCUGCAGGACCAGCACCUGGCCAGACAGCUCAUGCGCCUGCGCGGGGACAUCAACAAGUUGAAGAUCGAGCACACCUGCCGCCUCCACAGGAGGAUGCUCAACGAUGCCACCUACGAGCUGGAGGAGCGGGACGAGCUGGCCGACCUCUUCUGUGACUCCCCUCUUGCCUCCUCCUUUAGCCUGUCCACGCCACUCAAGCUCAUUGGAGUGACCAAGAUGAACAUCAACUCUCGGAGGUUCUCUCUCUGCUGAGGAGCCCUCAGACUGGGCCGAGGGGCUGGAGUGGAGGGCUUGGGCUGGAGGGAUGUUGGAGGGAGCCGAGGCCAAGUUACUCCAGUGGGUCUCCCUGAGGCAGGGGUCCUGGGACUGGCGACUCAAGGGCCCUAGGACCUAUUCAGUGGUGCUCUCCCAGGGGCCCUGGGUGUGGAUCCCAGUGUCUCUGUGACUGGCUCUUGCUUAAUACCCAAAGAGCUCUGCAGAAGGGCCACUCCAACCAGAUGUUAAAUGAGACCUGGGCUCCCACCAGAAUCCUUCCCUCCGUGGUCACGUUCCUGUUUCCUGGAAUGACUGGUGCUAUGAACUGGGAUUCCAAGGGGACCCCCCCCCACCACCCAAAGCUGUCAUUCUUGCAGAAGGCUCUCCCGCAAGGGCCUUGGGGAAAUUAGAGAUGUCAGAUGUGCCCGUCUCACGAGCUGUUGCUGUCCUCUAAGUAUUGUCUCAAAUUCACCCCGAGUCCAUGACUCAGCAACAGGGAUAGGGAUCUACCAGGAAAGGAAAAUCCAAAGGCAUGACAAAUGGGCACUUUUGGGGAACGCAGCCCCUCUGGCUGGCUGCCAGCGUCCCUGGUGAGCCUGAGACCCAGGCCGCUGUCAGUCUCCCAGCUUGGCACUGUGAGGCUGUGUAAACAGUAAAUUCCGGUGUGUGCUGGGACGUGUGAUGGGUGCACUAGCGUAGCUUAGGUGCAACAAGCACAGAUGCCCCCAUCAUCUGUCCUGGCUACACGCACCCCCAAAGAGCCUUUUCACCACCACCCCCCAGGGCGACAGCCUAGGAGACCACUGGUUACUGAACCAGGCAGCUCCUGAAUGCAUUUUCCGUAACGGAAUUCUCCUGGAGGGGCAUGACCCGGGGCCUCCUGGUGGAUUCUGGUGGUGUCACCUAGGUCACCCUACUGCCGUUCCCAGAAUGACAAUCGAGGGAGCCCAGAGGCCCAUCCUGAGCCUCCUCUGAGAUUUCGUGCCUGACCUAAACACCAAGUUUUAAUCGAGUAAGUCUGUGAGUGAUGUAUUGUUCACUUGGUAAUAACUGAUUUUUGUCCGAAUGGGGAAGCCACUGUGUAGGUCAAGUACAGUGUGUAGGAUUUGAUUUUAAGAGUUUCUCCCUCACAACAGGCAUGAGGAUCAGCAAGUUAAGACCCAGGCAGGUUAGGGAGGUCAGUCUGGGGUCACACGGCAUGGCAGGGGUUCCUCGGCCAGCCGGGUAGAAUCCCAAGAUCAGAAGUUUUUGACCUUUGAUGUCAUCUAGUCCAGUCCUCUCCUUAGUAAAGGCGCAAAGUGAAUCCUGAGGGAGAGAAGGAUUUCCCUUGUGUGGCACAGCUAUUUAGGCUGUAGAAUAUUGAUGUGUGAAACCAUUGUUGAUUAUGCCUAGUAGAUCGCAUGUCGAUGAACUUGAACCCCAAAGAUGGUCUUGAUGCUUUGCCAAACCCACACACUGCCAACCCCUCUACUCUCCACCUCCCUCAGUCCCCACCCCCAUCUUCCCGCAUAUUGCAAUUCAGAACAUUUGAGUCAAUGCAGAGCAAGGCAUGGACGUGGCCCCACAGGGCACGCGUCACUAAUCGCUGUCCCAUGGUCUACGCAUGGUGUGUGGCUGCUGUGUCUACUGUGGCUUCUUCCUGUGUGAUCUCACUGGGGCCCGUGUCCACCCACACAUGUUGUCCCACAUAGGGGAGAGGUUGCUUUUCUUCAGUGGGCUGAGUAGGACCAUGCCUAUGAAGGAUCUCUAGGAGACAGAAAACAGCUUGGUCUCUUGCUUGUAAUUUCAAAGAUCCAGAAGGUCUAUGCUUCCUUGAAAGUAGGUAGAACAACGCAGCCAAGAUCUACUGUCUGCCCUUCUGUGUGCAGUGAAGUCUGCAGCCCUGAGGAUCAUGUGCUGCUGUCUUUCCUUGGAGCUCUGCACAAACACUGCCAAGUCCCAAAUAGGCAUUCCUUUCCUACCAGCUUCCUUCCAGAUGAGCCCUUGAGGUCUCAGGCUGACCUACACACACUCACCUACUCACACGACAGAGAACACGCCAUAAACAUCCUUGAACCUAUGCAGGAAAGCCCAUCCCAUAUUCUGAAAAAAUGCCAAAUUAGGUUUUGCUUUCUUUUUAGAAAUCAGUCAUCGCAGUAACUGAAACCACUGGGUUCAAGUAAAAUGGAAAGAUUUAGUUGAAUGUAGUCAAUCCAAUUAAGUUGGAUGCAACUGAGUGAUUUAGUUGCUUGGGUAACCCAGUGCUCGCUUGCCUUCUUCAUUCUCUGGGAGAAAACUAAGAUCAAGACACAUGUUUUGGGAUAGGUUACUCAGUUCCUCCUAAGAGAACUUUAUUAUGGGAUGAGGUGAUGACCCAAGGUAAGAGGUGGAGAGGAGAUGUUUUCUAAGCAUCGUCCAGCGUCGGCUGGCUUCCUUACUUUCCACAGUGAACACAACUAACCACAUUAAUUCAGCUUUGUGAAGUCCCUGCUCUGUGUGGGUCUCUGCGUCAGCAGCAACACUGGCCUAACCUCCGUCCCACCUUCCUGGCUCACCACAUAUGUACAGUGCUGUUUGCAGUGGUACUCAUUGUCCAUCCACGUCUCUGCCAUCCCCAAGCAUCCCCGGGUGUACAACAGGAAGCCUCUACCAAUGCUGCCACACGUGGUUGUGUCUGAUGCCUUCAGGGGCUCAGCAGCCAUCAAGAGGCCCGGAGGGCCUGAGCAGGCUGGACAAUGCCUGACCGAGUCCAAGACCCACCCCCUGUAGCAAUACCAAGUGCUAUUACAUAAUCAAUGGACAAUUUCUACUUUUAUUUUUAUGAUUAUUUGUUUCUAUAUUGCUGUUAGAAAAAGUGAAAUAAAAAUACUUCAAAAGAAGGUAUC